CAUAACAAUCCCAACUGUGUUGAAAAAGCAAGCCGACUGUCUAACUCGAUAGAUCAGAGCUUGUACACUUUUGCGGGGUGAUGUGCCGCGACGGUACCUGCCAAGGCGAUGAAACCUCGAUGGUUGACGCGGAGGCGCCGCGAUCGCGUCCACCACGCGACGCUAGAGAGGUGAUGUCAUAGCACCCAUUCAGCGACAUUUGACGCAGCCUGGAGCAAGCACUACCGAGAGUAUAUCCCUCUGAUGCAGGGACACUGCCACAUGUGGCAUAGUGUCUCCAGUUUAUGAUGCGCUCUCCAACGCUAUUACGCAUUGGCGUCUUCCAUGUCUCGGAAUCUUGGCUGCCAUGGUUUGACAGCGCGUCGCGUCUUCCUUCUUGUAAGCUUGGUUUUCUUGUCAGCCCUUGACUACAACCUCUUUCUUUCUCAAACCUUGCACCGAUACCCUAGGAGUUCCGGAAACUUCGAAAAUUACGAGCUAUGGUCGGAACCAGACGCAACAUUCUCAACAGCCACAACAGCAACGGCAGCAUUAACAGCAGAAGCAAUGCCAACGAGUUCAGUAAAUACCAGCGUGUCGACCUGGAAGGCGGAUAUGGAGGAAAUAAUCCUGUCAAAUCAAAGAAGCGAUUUCGUGACGCGAUCGACCAAACUGUGAAGGACAAUCGCGCCAACGAGAUGAAGAAGAAGUUGAUCGAUAAUAUCGACCAUGAAGCGCUGGAAUUUUUCAGGAAGAGCGAUGAGAGUCUCAAAUCCAUCAAGAAUAAGAAAGUACGCGGCUUCUACGAGGAGCAGAACUCGCGCUUGGACGACUGGGCAGAAGUAGACAUGGUUGUUUCCUCGCUUGCCGAUGAUAUUGUGGAUAGUAUGAAUCCGCGAGAUACCGAUGGCGACGGAGUAGCAGAAGAUCGUGGACCGUUGGGCAAUAGCGGCGAGGAAUUGGAACCUUUUCUCCCCGAAGAAGAGCGUGACCGAAGAGCGAGAUCCGCCAAACACGCACGAUGGGCGAUUAACAUCAACGUCCUUGUAAACGUCCUUCUACUCGCGGCCAAGGGUGUAGCAGCAAUUUGGUCCAGCUCUUUGUCGCUGAUCGCGUCUCUUGUUGAUUCGGCACUUGACUUGCUAUGCACUAUCAUCAUCUGGACCACCAACAAACUCGUUGGCUGGCGUUUGCAGAGUCUAAAAAAGAAGUUUCCCAUCGGCCGACGACGCCUCGAACCCAUUGGAAUUCUGGUCUUCUCUAUCAUCAUGGUUAUAUCGUUCCUACAGAUUCUGCAAGAGUCGGUCAAGAAGCUCCUGCCAAGCGGCGACCACAGUGUAUCCCAGUUGCCACCCGCUGCUAUCUUCGCCAUGGUAGCUACAAUCGUCGUCAAGGGCACUAUCUGGUUUGGAUGUGCAAGGGUCAAGACAACGCAAGUACAGGCCCUCGCCCAAGACUGCAAAACUGGUGCGUUUGUGUCUUCCCCCAACCACGUAUAUCUGCUAACCGACACAGACGUUUAUUUCAACACACUUUCCCUUCUUUUCCCUCUCAUCGGCGGCCACGUCGGUGUCUGGUGGCUCGAUCCUCUCGGCGCAGCUUGCCUUUCGCUAUACAUCAUCUACGACUGGGCUUGCACUUGUUUCGAAAAUGUCACUCGUCUGACUGGUGAAGCAGCCAAUGACCGUGUGGAGCGCAAGAUGAUGUACAUGGCGUACCGCUUCUCACCCCUCGUUGAAGGUUUCAAGAGUCUCAAGUGCUACCACGCAGGUGAUGGUGUCUGUGUGGAGAUUGAUGUGCUCAUGAAGGAGGAGACACCGCUGAGGAAAUGUCAUGACAUUGCCGAGACUCUGCAGUACUGUCUAGAAGGCUUAAAUGAGGUGGAUCGCGCUUUUGUGACAAUGGACUACACUUCACAAGGUCCCACAGGCCAUGCUGGUAGCUAGGUUUAUGCCUGCCAGUGAUGUACAUUUGGAGCCGUUCCUUACUCUUAGCAUAGCGUGUCUGGCGUUCGGUCAGUAUUACAAACACUUACUUUCUUCAAUACGACUAUUCGGUAAAACCUUUCCUUUCGUAGCUUAUCGCUGCAUUUUCCACCCGGCGCUACGACUUAUGAGGUUCGCGAGAAGCGCGUUGUGGUCAAUACACGGAAUGAAUGACCAAACCUGCACAACCUGAGACCCAAAACAUUCCGCUCAU